UGUUUUGCCGAACAUGCACCGCACAGAGUAAGCUUUCAAACUCUCUCUGAUCGGAGCAAAAAUCUCCGACCACCGCUUUCCAAAAUCCUUCACAAAACUCUCGUUGCUUCUUCCUCAUUCCAAUCCCAAUUCGCAUUCCUGUGUCGUCAUUUCAUUCAGAUUCAGUUGUUAGGUUCUGGGCAUAUAUUUAUCAUCUUGUCCUCACUCCAUAUUGAUAUUGCCCUGCUGUAAUAAAGAAGGGUAAUUAGCAUCCAUUUGGAGAAACAAAGUAGCUGGCAUGGAGGGUAAUAGAGAUACUGCCUUAAUGGUUAAAGAGAUUGCAGAGAAGAAGCUAUUACAGAAAGACCUUGGUGGCGCAAGGUUAUUCGCAAGGAGGGCUCAUGACUUCUAUCCUGAACUUGAUGGCCUCCCUCAAUUGCUAGCAACUAUUGAAGUUCAUAUCGCUGGUGAAAAUAAAGUUAAUGGAGGAGAAGUAGAUUGGUACAGGGUCCUCGGUUUGCAACCCUUUGCUGAUGAUGAAACGAUUCGAAAACGUUAUAGGAAACUAGCUCUUGCUUUGCACCCUGAUAAAAAUAAAUCUGUAGGAGCGGAUGGGGCAUUUAAUCUUAUUUCACAGGCUUGGAGUUUAUUAUCUGAUAAAGCCAAGAGAGCUGCCUAUGACAGCAAUUACCGCUUAUGGAGUAUACAUCGAGGAAUUCCAGGUGGGAAACCUGCUAUACCCACUAGUCGGAAUAAUGGUUUCUAUAAUACCUUCAAUACUGAUGACGGGAAAGCCAGAGAUCAACGGAGUGUUGCUCAUCCCAAUCCUGCACCGGGACCUCCUGCAACAUCAGACCAGACAUUUUGGACCAAAUGCAGUUCCUGCCGUUUGCACUGUGAGUACCCUGCUGUUUAUAAAAACAGCUAUCUCAUCUGCGUCAAGUGCAAAAAGCCAUUUUUAGCUUCUGAGGUACAACCGCCACCAGCAUUCGUAAAGGUUUCAUCCACUUCAAGCAUUUCUCAAAUGCAGCAACAAAAUUUCAACUCAACCAGAAUGGAAAGAGGCUCUCAUGUUUCAGGAAGGAGACCAGUGUCUGCUGUCAACUCGUCGCUUGGGUCUGGUAUUUUCUCUGUACCUGGUGGUAUCUCCAAUGUGCAGACAUCAGCUUCUACUGCUUCUGAAGCCCCUGGAGUUUUCAGGAUGUCAUCUGAAAAUUUGAAGAGAAGGCGUGAAGACUCAACACCUGUCAUGUGGGAGGAGGUGCAUUUAGGAAAACCUUAUGCAGUUGAGAGAACUGUUGCUGGUUCAGCUUUUCAGUCCUCUUUUAAUGGUUCAAAUCCUGUUCUGAAAGGAGAUGGGCCUAUGAAAAAAUGCUGCACUGAUGAACUACAUAAAUUUGAUAGUGAUAGAAGUGGUAUGGAAGCUAAAGUAGCAUUUCAGAAAGCAACAGGCUUGGCUAAUGAGUUUGGGUCUCAGAAGAAUGGCUUUUAUACACGAAAAGUUAAUGCUGCUGGAAAUCACAAACCUAAUGGUAUUAGGGAUGGAUCACAGCAAAUGAAGAGCAUGCUAAUGGUAAAGGCUCGGAACGUGAUUCGUAAACAGCUAGAUGAGUGGAGAGCUUCUUCUGUAUCAAAGAAUUUAAACAAGCCAAAUAAUACUGAUACAGAAGUCAGAGAGAAGAACAAAGAUAGGGCCAUCAAUGGUAUGAAGCCUCCAGCAAAAGAAUUUGUUGAUUCUGAGACCCUUGGCAAAAAAUGUCUUUCUACUGAUUCAGAGUUGCCUCCUUCUGUCUCCUUUACUGUUCCAGACCCAGAUUUCCAUGAUUUUGAUGGGGACCGUAUUGAAGACUCUUUUGGUGAGAACCAGGUAUGGGCUAUAUAUGACGAAGACGAUGGCAUGCCGCGCUACUAUGCCUUAAUCCACAGUGUAAUCUCAAAGAAUCCUUUCCAAAUGAAGAUUAGCUGGCUGAGUUGUAAAACCAAUGAUGAAUUUGCUCCAAUAAAUUGGAUCAGUUCUGGCUUUCCAAAGACCACUGGGGAUUUCCGACCAGGUAAGCGUGACAUCUAUAGCACUCUCAAUUCCUUCUCGCACAUGGUUAAGUGGACAAAAGGUUCAAGAGGGGCUGUCCAUAUAUAUCCGAAGAAAGGGGAUGUUUGGGCUCUGUAUCGGAACUGGUCCGCUGAUUGGAAUGAGCUCACUAAAGAUGAAAUCAUACAUGAAUAUGACAUGGUGGAAGUGCUUGAAGACUACAGUGAAGAGAAAGGUGUGAAUGUUGCUCCACUUCUCAAGGUUGCAGGUUUCAAGACAGUAUUCCGCCAGAAUGCUGAUCCAAGAAAAAUCAGGAACAUUCCGAAGGAAGAAAUGUUUCGUUUCUCACACCAGGUGCCUUCAUACUUGCUGACUGGUGAAGAAGGUCACAAUGCGCCCAAAGGUUUCGUGGAGCUUGAUCCUGCUUCUACACCUAUGGAACUUCUUCAGUUGGUCACUGAAACUGCAAAGCAAGAAAUGGAAAUGACAAAUGAAAAGUCUCUAAAGGAUGAAUUGAGGCCCGAAGAGAAUUCCAGGGUGGAUGGUUCUGUUUUGAGAGGCCCGGCAACUGAGGGUGAAGAUUCUGCUGAAGGUGUCCCUAGAAAUGAGGUGGCUGAAGAACUGGCAAAUAAGCCAAAACAGCCUGAGAUUUUGCUUGUAUAUGAAAGGAAACGUAAAAGGGUAAAGAGCUAGCUAUGAAGUGGCAAGUAAUUGUGAAUAACCAACUUGGUUUGAAGAGGUUUUGCGUUCUAUUUUGUCACAGAGUUAGCAUAUUUGAAUAGUAAACAAAUCCAUAGAUUACAAUCACCAAUUCAACACAAAUUAGAGCAGAUUUUGUUGUUUUUGCUGUAUAUUGGCAGCCUACAGUUUUGUUGUAUCUGUAGGACAUUUUGUCUGCUGUAAUUGUAAUACUCUUUGAAAUGCCAAUGUACUAGAGUUACCAGCUUCUGCUAGUCAAUAAAAUUCUGCAUCACUCAGCCCUUUUGGA